AUGAAGAAAGAAUGAAAAAGAACUUGUUGCACAAGUAGGCCUAAACGAGAAUAAAAUAAAAUCGAAAACACAGUGUCUGAGACUCUGAGUGUUGGUAUUAUCAUCUUUGCGUGGAGUGUGGAACAGAGCUAUUUUUGUGUUUGUUAGGGCUAAUUUAUUUUGUGUGUGUGUGUGUGAGAUUCAGUGCGACUGAUAUGGAUCCGAUGGCUGAUCUGAACGCCCCUCAUUCAAUGGGCACCACCAUCAUCGGCGUCACUUAUAACGGCGGUGUUGUUCUCGGAGCCGACUCUCGCACCAGCACCGGGUUUUAUGUUGCUAAUCGUGCUUCCGACAAGAUUACGGAGCUCACUGAUAAUGUCUAUGUUUGUCGCUCUGGAUCGGCUGCAGAUUCGCAAAUUGUAUCGGACUAUGUUCGAUAUUUCCUUCAUCAGCAUACAAUACAACUUGGGCAGCCUGCAACUGUCAAAGUGGCUGCAAACCUUAUCAGGCUUCUAUCCUAUAAUAACAAGAAUAUGCUACAAACUGGCCUGAUAGUUGGUGGGUGGGACAAGUAUGAAGGUGGUAAAAUCUAUGGGGUUCCCCUUGGUGGAACACUAAUAGAGCAGCCUUUUGCCAUUGGAGGAUCUGGCUCCAGUUAUCUGUAUGGAUUUUUUGAUCAAGCAUGGAAAGAAGGGAUGACAAGGGAUGAAGCUGAGAAACUAGUGGUCAAGGCAGUUUCCCUUGCAAUUGCACGUGAUGGCGCCAGUGGUGGUGUUGUUCGCACUGUCACUAUUAAUUCUGAGGGAGUGACUAGAAACUUCUACCCCGGGGAUCAACUUCCAAUCUGGCACGAGGAAUUGGAGCCACACAACUCAUUACUGGACAUACUGAACUCGUCAAGUCCCGAGCCAAUGAACAUACAAUGAUGAUUUUGUAUUUGGUCUUUAGAGCUACAAUUAAAUGUUUUUCUUUCUUUGCAAAACUUGUUACCCCGAACAGAAGCAUGAUUUACAUCUCCAUUUUGGGAGGACUUUGUUAUUGUGUUUUUAGUUUUUAUGUAUGUUGCUUCAAUCUACAGGCGAGUUUUAGACCA